AUGGAUUUGAGGGGUCGAGAGAGUCCGGAGGCUUCACAAGAGGUCCACAUCAACGGUAGAGAUGAGGACCCCAUUAUCAUCGAAAGUGAUCAAGAGGAGGACCAGAGGAUUAGAGACGAUGCUAGACCUAUUAGAUUACAUCCUGAUGGACGUAUUCACAGGCCUAGAGAUGGGCUGAACAGAUUUGUUAAUUCUGAAGGCACAAAUGUAGCAACGACAAGGUCACAGGACAAUGGCGGUUCAGAUGACGAAGUAGCCAUCGUUGGAGAAAUUAAUAAUACACGAGGUAAUGAAGAAGGUCCUAUUGGAUCGGAUGCAGAAUAUGUUGAUUUAGAUGCAGAUAAUGGGCCACAGGUGAUUGAAGUUAAUGACAAUAAUAGAAAUAAUAAUGAGAAUUCUGAUGAUGAUGGGUUGGUGAUAGUACAAGAGAGGACAACUGCCCCUAGAGUGACACUUAAUUUGCCUGGAGGUGAAUCCUUACAAAUAGAUGCAUCCCCCACAGAUAGGCCUUAUAGAAGAUCAUUUGAAUGGCAACAACAGGAUAGGACAAGAAGACAAGCGAUGGAGAGAAGCGCUAGGCGAGCGAGCAGAUUGUUGUUUCACACAUCAGAUGAUGAUGAUGAUGAUAGUGGAAAUGGUACUGUUGAAAAUGGACGUCUUCCGCCCAGCGUUUUGCAACUACGGCGUCAAGAAGAGGAGAGAUCUAGAUUACGAAAUAUUACUCGUAGACGUGAUCAAAUGCGUUCAGAUGCUAUGCAGGGAAAUCCGGUUUUAAUGCGGUUAAGAGAGAGAAUAGAUUCUUUUCCGCCAGAUGUGAGGAGCGCAUUCGUUCACGCACAGUCAUUAUAUGAGUUUAGAUCAAUCUUACAAAGUGUGGCACCUUUAACGUUACAAGAAUGUGAUAAUGAACUGGUACCGCUUUUCACAGAAUACCGUAGCCGAAUGGUGCAAAACUGGGCAACGAAUAGAGUUCAAUCGAAUCAACAGGAAUCACGUCGUUUGAAUGAAGAAAAUCACGAAAGACAGAGACGUUUAUGGCAUAACAGAAGGCAUUUCAGAAUACAUAUGGGCGUUGGCGGUGGAUUCGGUGAAAGUUUAGCCAACUAUAUCCUGAUGAAUGCAAAUGGUAUGGGAUCUAAUGAUGCAGCAUGGUUAUACAAUGGAUAUGUCGGUGAUAUGGAUGAGGAAGAAAGUACGCAGAGUAUUGUUAGCAUGAUUCAAGAAAGAGAAGAAAGAGAGCAUGAUAGUAGGACGAAAAAAUAUAUGGAAAAGACACAAGAUCAACAACAGUCAUAUGUACAGAGAGCAAUGGAAUUACCUGAUGGAUAUAGUGCGUCCUUUGAUACCGAACCUAAGAUAAAACUAGACAUUGUACGAGAUGGUAAGGAAGAAACUGUUGUAGUUAAAGAUGAUUCGGUCUCAGACCAAUGGCAAGAAGUCCCCGUUUGUACCUUAUGUGGAGUUGAAUUGGGUGUAGGAAUUCCUGAUGAAUUUGAAGGGAUUACAAAAAUGGAUAGGGGUGUUUCUUUUGAAUGUUUGGUUUACAAAUAUCAGUUUCAUUGUCCCUAUCAAACUUUAGCGAGACCAUCACAAUUGGAUAGGGAUCUUUCAAGACGUACGUUUGUGGCGCCAUGCGGUCAUACUUACUGCGGAAGGUGUUUUGCUCGAAUAGAUAACGCUAGAGGUAAAUCUAGAAUGGCAAAGAGGAAGUUGGCUCAGCUAAAAGGUUCUGCGCAUCCUGAUAACUAUGGUCCGAAGAUCUGCCCUGCUAAGGGAUGUAAAUCACCAAUUCGCACAAGAGGGAAAAUGAGAGAGGCAUUCUUUUGA